UCUGAACUCAUAGUGAAAAGAGGUGGAAUAGACAAAUAAAAUGGAGAUAAAUUUGAAAGAAAAUCAAAAUAUUUAUGUAUACUCUACUAUCAAUCAAGUAUUUAAUGUUUACAAGUAAAUUUUGUAAUAAUUAUGAUAACAAUACCCUGAGGACUCUAUUGUGGUAUUCUCUCAUUUUCCAGUGAAAAGAACAAUAAAUGGAACCAGUGAUUGGCAAGAAAAAAAUGUGCUGUGUCGUAUUUGUUUCUACUUAUGGAAAGCGAUUUUAAGUGAUUUUCAUCAGAAAUUUAUCAUUAUGGAUAAAAUGACAAGUCAACACCACUACAUGCCCGCCGACAGUAAUUGUAGCUGCCGUGUUGGUGAAAUAGAACAUAUCAGUCAUUUGUCUGAACACAUUGGGUCUCUGUGCCUGUCAUCAGAGUACUCAGAUGUGACAUUGAUAGUGGAGGGGCAGAGAAUUCCUGCACAUAAAGUGAUAUUGGCAGCAAGCAGUGACUACUUUAGGGCUCUGCUUUAUGGAGGAAUGAGGGAGUCUAGUCAAUCUGAAGUGGAGUUGCAGGCACCACUCCAAGCAUUCAAGGCUCUCCUAAGAUAUGUCUAUUCAGGUCACAUGGGGCUUUCAUUGCUGCGCGAAGACACAGUACUCGAUAUGUUGGGGCUAGCACACCAGUUUAACUACCAGAAGUUGGAAACAGCUAUAUCUGAUUACUUGCGACAAGUCUUGGCCCUUCGAAAUGUCUGUGCGGUUUUGGAUGCUGCUCGACUCUACAGACUAGAUGCCUUGAUGGAUUAUUGCUUUAACUUUCUGGAUAGGAACGCUACUGAAGUUUUGCAGCAUGACACUUUUCUACAAUUAUCAAUUGAAGCUCUACAAGGCCUCUUGGAGAGAGACUCGUUUUUUGCUCCGGAAGUGGACAUCUUCAAGGCCGUAUGCAACUGGUUCAAUGCCAACCAGCAAUGGGUCAAAUCGGACAGCAGCAUGGCGCAUGUGGAGAAGAUCUUGAAAUGCGUUCGACUGACUCUGAUGAGUCUGGAAGAACUGCUCACUGUAGUGCGGCCCUUCAGCCUUGUGACGCCGGACAUGUUGCUGGACGCCAUACAGGAGAAGACCCAAACCAGCACAACGGACCUGCCCCAUCGAGGGCUUCUAUUGCCCGAAGAAAACGUGGCGACCCCCAAACGGGGCGCGCGGGUGAUAACGGGCGACAUGCGAUCGGCGCUACUCGACGGGGACACGGAGAACUACGACAUGGAGAGAGGGUACACCCGGCACACCAUAUCCGACGCCCCGGACAAUCCCGGCAUCAUCGUCCGCUUGGCCACCACCACCAUUAUCAACCACGUGCGACUGCUGCUGUGGGACAGGGAUAAUCGGUCGUACGCGUACUUCGUCGAAGUGUCGGUGGACCAGAAGGACUGGGUCCGCGUGAUCGACCACAGCAACUACUUCUGCCGCUCUUGGCAGAACCUCUACUUCGGGCCCAGAGUGGUGCAGUACAUCAAGAUCGUCGGCACCAGCAAUACCGUCAAUAAGGUGUUCCACGCGGUGUCUAUGGAAGCGAUGCACACGACGCGGGUGCCGCCCCUCAGCGACGGCCUCAUCGAGCCCUUGCACAACGUGGCCACGGUGGAACUGUCCGCCGUCGUCAUCGAAGGGAUCAGCCGUUCCCGCAACGCCCUCCUCAACGGCGACACCGAGCACUACGAUUGGGAGCAGGGCUACACCUGUCACCAGCUGGGAUCCGGCGCCAUCGUGGUCCAGCUGGCGCAGCCCUAUCUCCUCUCGUCCAUUCGCAUGCUCCUGUGGGACUGCGACUACCGCCACUACUCGUACUACGUGGAGGUCUCGCUCAACUAUUGGCAUUGGGACAUGGUCGCCGAUCGCACGAGGGAUACUUGCAGAUCGUGGCAGGUGAUCUACUUCACUCCGCGGCCCGUGUCCAUAAUACGCAUCGUCGGCACCAACAACUCCGUCAAUGAAUUUGAUCACGUGCAGGUGUUCCACCUGGUGCACCUGGAGUGUCCGGCUCAGGUCGACCGCGAGGACCCCGCGGCAAAGAAGCAGCGUUCCGACGACACCCGCCCCGCGCAAGUCGGUCAAGCCAACGCCGCCGAGACCCGCGACAGCCCCUCUCCUCCGGCCGAAGGCAGUCCUCCUCCGGAGGCCGGCACCUCGCGUAGAGCCCUGCCGCCCGCCGAGACGGCCACCGAGGCGGAAGAGAGGUACGAUGCGUUGGAUUAACUGGUAAUCUUUCUGAACAAUUGGUAAAGCAGUGAAAAGACUUCCUACGCACGAACUCGUCGAGAUGACAGGAAUAGUGAUGUUUUAAGAGCAAGGGCAAAAGAAAUCCGCAAAAAGACUGCAGGUAGAUCAAGUUUGGUGAGAGAUUUUAUGUAACAUUUAAUUUUGAACAAGUUUAUUAGUGUUGUUUAAUGUCUAGUCUAUAAACGUGUUGUUAAGCAAAUAUUACUUUAGUCUUAUAAGUUAUAACGCAUAAUAGUGUAUAUAUAUAAAUUGUUAUGUUAAUUGAGACGCAUAAAUUGUUUUUUUUGGUUUUGUAAUAUGAUGAUGGUGAUAUAAAGCUAUGUUUGUGUUACUGUGUUUUAAAUGUAAACAUAAUGUUGUUCAUUAGUACUGGCUUAUUAUGGUUGUGAACUGAAACUGGCAGCAAAUUAUUUAUCCACAUUUAUAAAUGCAAAUAAGUUAACCAGAUUCUUACAUUUUUGAGAAACUAAAGGAGUUAUUUUUUAAGUUUAUUUCUAUUAAGA